ACCUCCGAGAUGAUGCUGAGGGACCGUGUAGAUCAAUGAACAAACAGCUGACGGAUGUUCAAGUGGAUUGAUGGGAAAGUCGAGGCAAACACGACCACUCAUUUAAGUUAAAGGUAAGUUUAGAAGUGUUUUAACUGUGUUUAUCACGUUAUAGACGUAGGCUUAAGUUUUGGGUGCUUUUUAUAUUAUAAUAUCGGCUAUGUGGAGGCUAAGCUUGACCUAUCGCAUCGACAAUGUUUAUCUAUUUAUUUAUAGCCUAAAAUAGUUACGACAAAGUAUGGCUAAAUCCAUGUUUGAUAAGUUUGUGAAAGUUAUAUAGAAAAUCAAAAAUAUUUGUAUCUAGUCUUGAUGUAAACGAACAUGCAUGUUACCUGAUACUAUGUAAACAUUGCAAUAAUAGGUCUCGCCAAAACACAAUGUUGCUGAAUCCUCCCAUGCCUUUUAGUGCCCCCAGUCCUUCAUAAGGCUAUCAAUGCUCUUCUUGAAAACAUGUUUUGAUAACAUAAUAUUCUCUUUUUAGUGUUUUAGUGUAGGGGGUAGAUUAUUAUUCUAGUGGGGGUGUACAAUGAAUGGUGUGUACUCAUCAGUGGUAAUUAUUGUGGCAUAGCGUUCUCAAUGCUCCCUCCACAUGGCAGUCCUCUUCAGUGGGUAACCAUGACCCAUGAUGUCAGAAAACAAGUCCUGCUGUGAACAAUCAUCUCUGCCCUUUUCAGGGGCCAUGCAGGUUGACAUUUACAGCAGGUUAACGUUAGAUUAAUAUAUCUCUCUGAGCGUGUUGGCAAACACGCGUUGUCAAACAAACUACACACGAUACACUUUGUGAUCAGAAUCAGAUACUGUAUGAUACUUUCACAAGUUUGUCGUCUGUUGAAUUUGAGGGAAAUUAGAUAUUCAGAUAUGUCCCUUCAGAUAGAUCAGGCAUUGGUUAGGUAAUGUACAUGGGCUAUGCAUCCAUAGUGGUCGCUCAGUUUAUAGAGCAUGGCCAGGGGUCUCCUUUGGUGUAGGUUACAGGGGUGUUGGUGGGUGGUAUGAUAACUUGCACUUCCUCAAGCAACUGUGCACUCAUGGAAGAUAAUAAUACAACCUACACCACCACUUAAUCAGCCUUUUAAAAUGCAUAAAAAACAUGCCCUCCCCAAGGUACCAAUUUUCCCCAUGGCUAAGCUAUGAAUCAGCAUGCUCGUCUCAUUUAAAUCCUUCAGUUUUAUUCAUUCCUCAAACGUGUUAUGAGAACACCCUAACUAACUACCUCUGAUUGUCAUAUAACUGUAUUGUUUACGACUGUGACCUUUCUUUUAUAUUCAUUCUGUUCUUCUAUUUAAGCAUACAAAAACAGGCACAUGUUGCACACAAUACUUAACAGCUUUUUAAAUAGAGUAAGUUCUGUGUCUGAAAGAUAAGCAACCCUGUUAUAUGUCUCCCUCAUGAGUUGUGGAAAUGGCUGUCAUGACCAACAACGAUGUGAUGCGUAGGUGGGGCAGUAGGAGUGCAACAGGAAGCCUUUGGUUAAGAUAUGUCUCACUCAUCUGUCUAUCUGGUAUAGCAGAUACAGUGCUCAUUGAAUCAAGGGCAGCAGACAGGGAAUCUGCAUUGAGAUAAAACAGCUCUGGUUUUUCUUCGGCAAUUAAGUUCCCAAAGUUUAAUUCCAGGUGUGACUCCCCAGAAAACCAGCUUUUCCUGUGGGCCUCCUUACACAACAACUUCUAACCGUCGUCAUAUAUACAAUACGUGUCACAAUCUUUGCAGCCGUUCAUUCCCAGACAAAACAUACUGUUAUUAGUUCCGGUCGUCGCUUUUCUUUCCUUCGGUCUUUCUUCCUCCCCCACCUCUCUCCCUCUUUUUCUCACUCCAUUUCUUUCUCUUCCCUCUCCUCUUGUCUCUCAGCGGGUUGCCUGGGUGAGGGCAGGUGGUGAUUAAUAAAUAUUAUAAUUAUUAUUAAUGGUAAUUAUAAGGAUGCUGCUGGAUGGUGCACUGUCAUGCUGCUGCAUGGUGCACUGUCACCUCGACUCCCUCACAACGGAAUGGAAGGAGAGUAGGUGUGAGAGUCUGAGGAACAAGAGAGGUUUUGUGAAAUAGACACUAAUUGUGUUUAAGCAGUGAAUGGAAUAUGAUCUGAAAGGAUAGGCAGUAGAGGGACAGAGUCGAGUGGGGAUGGGGAGGGGUGAGAAGUAAACAAGCCGGGUAGAACAUUCAGUAAUCAAACUGACAUGCCAGGUGCAAAUGUUCAUCUUUUCAGAACUAUGGGGCUCCAAUGGCGCUCAAGAGAAAGGCUGUGUAGCCACAGAGUUGAACCAACAGAUAAAGUUGAAAUCAUGAUUGAUCCCAUGUUUCCUUAAUAGUAUUGUUCCAUGUCCUCAAGCUCACUCAAAGAGCAAUGGAUAAUUAGAGAGGAAAUUUCAUUCAGCUCUUGGCAUGCCCUUCCUGAGUCAAUGAUAAACCACAUUACUGGGUUUAGGGUUACCAUGUCAGAGUUUAUGGAUGAUACUGCCUAGAUUUUCUAAUUCCUGUACUCUCUACAAAAACGGUCAAUAAAGAGCUCUGUGCUGUUGCACUGUUUUUAUUGUCUUUACCAGGACUGGUGUCAAAGCCACCUAAUGCACUAGCCUUGCCUCUUGGAAAAGAGGCUACUGAGCAAAACAGACAGACUGUGCUGUCCUCCCGCGGCUGCUGCAGAUGUCAGGCAAGAUGGCUGCCGACACGCCCGUGAGGACAGAGCAGGAGGAGCUGCAGAGGAGGGCCAACCAGGUGACAGAUGAGGUAAUGUCACAUAUCGUCUAAAGAGCACUAACUUCUUUAACUUUGAAAUAUCAACAGCAGAAGGUUCAGUUGCACUUUUUAAGAUCAAUACACAAUGUCCCCCCCCCCCCCCCCCCCUUGAUAAAGGGUAAAUCAUGCCAGGAGCUAUAGAAAAGGUUACCUGCCAUACCCGGGCAUUGUUUUCAGAGUUGCAACAUUCAGAGAGAUUACACAGUGACAUCACCCUAAGCCUCUCUCCCAGUGGGUUUCCCCUUGGGUAAAGGUUACUUACUGCACAUCACAGCAAUUUCCCAGUCCAAUUACCUCAGCAUCAGGAAAUACCCUGGAGAAAGGCCCCAGCUUUCUGUACAAACACAUUAUUGGCACACAGACCACUGAAAUGAGUCUGUUUGUUUAUCGCCAAAGCCUGACCCUUGUUGUGUGGAAAUAUAACAGGCCAUUAGAUCAGUUACGGGAUGUUUCGAUCUCCAUAGCAGUUCUAUGAAAAGAUUGAUCACCAAUGGAAAUACUUUCACAGAGAGAAUAGUGUUGUGAUUUGUUUACUGUUCCAUAUUUGGCCAAUACAAACACUGUUGUAGCUAUAAAGAUAGAGCCCUAAGACAGUGCAACAUGUAUAAUAUUAAAGAUGAUUCACACUGAGUGAUCUUGAUUAGUGCCUUUCAUCUGUGGAAGUGGACAGUUUUUCAGCCUCACCCUCAGGACUUGAAAUGUUUUUAGUACUGUAUCUAAGGUAACUUAAUCCUCUAAUGGUGUCAUGUCUCUCUGUCCCUCCUCAUCCAGUCCCUGGAGAGUACCCGUCGUAUGAUGCAGCUAGUAGAGGAAGUAUGGGAGUCUCUUUACCUACCACUCUGUGCUUCUGUUAACCAAGCCCUAAUAAUGACACAUCAUUGUUAUUAUAAUCACAUUACCUCUAGUUGAUUUUUUUGGCAGCCUAUUGAUAAUGAACUUCAUUCAGUCUUUUAACUGAAGAGUCUUCAUUUGAUUCAGUUGAAAUGCAAAAUCAUGAACAUUAGCAACAUAAUGGUGAAUCUAAUCUAAUGCCAUUUCUGAUCUCAACAGAGCAAAGAUUCAGGAAUCCGGGCCCUGGUCAUGCUGGACGAACAAGGAGGUAAUGAAAUGGACGUAAUAUAAUCAUUUUCUCUCUUUGGAAGAUGUGGACACAACAUCAAUGUCAAUCGUACAACAGCAACCUCAGAUGGUCCUUGUAUGUAUAUCCAUAAGUGGGUGCUCAUGUUUUUGUCAGUAUACUAGAUGUGUGUAGGCUAUGUGUGUGUCUGCUUGUGUGUGUAUAUACUGGAUGUGUGUGUUCCCUCCUGUGUCUCUCCCAUCUACCCAUCCUCAUGCUACCGACCUGCCACAUAUGGGCAGAGCAACUGGACCGCAUCGAUGUGGGGAUGGAUCAAAUCAACAAGGAUAUGAAAGAGGCUGAGAAAAACCUGACUGACAUGGCCAAAUGUUGUGGCCUGUGUGUCUGGCCCCGCAUCAAGUAGGUGUGCCCUGCUCUGAGGACACCUGUCAUCUGUGUGUCACCUGAGUGCCCGUCAGGCCAACCGGCAACCAGACAGUCUGUGUGUCCAUCCAUCCGGCCUCUGCUCCAGGCCAUGAUUCAAAUUGUGUGUUUUUUUGUUUUGUUCCAUCAUGAGAUUGGGUGACUAGAAGUCUGCAGCAAAGUUAACCACAAGAAAAUGAUGGUCAUGUCCCAAAACAUUUCUAUUUUACAAACAGUACAUCUUCUACUCACACAAUACCAGGCAUUUUAUGGACUUGUGUGUACCAUUAUUAAAUAAUUUGUGUCCUGUUCUCAGUUUUUGGGUUUGCACAUACCAUAUUUGCACAAUUGCAUUAUGUUUGACCGCUGGCUUUCAUUUGUCAGUUGGGGGCUUUGGUGAUAGAACAGUUUUGUGUUAUAUUACGUUCUCCCCCAUUCUCUCCCACUUUCCUCCACCUCUCCCAUUCCUACCCUUCCCUCACGUUUUGCGUUGUCCAGAGCAACUGGAGCGGAUUGAGGAGGGCCUGGACCAGAUCAACUCAGAUAUGAAGGAGGCUGAGAAGAACCUAACAGACCUGGGCAAAUGCUGCGGUCUGUGCUCCUGUGAUAAGUAGGUGUUGGCUGUUGGGAGGGGUCAUGAGUGUCAGGAGCAGAUGGGGAAUACAUCAAAUCAAAUGUUAUUUGUCACAUGCGUUGAAUACAACAGGUGAAACGCUUACUUACAAGCCCUUAACCAACAAUGCAGUUUUACGAAAAAAUGGUUAAGUAAAAAAUAGAUAAGUAAAAAAGAAAUAAUUAAAGAGAAGCAGUAAAAUAACAGUAGCGAGGCUAUAUACAGGGGGUACCGGUACAGAGACAAUGUGCGGGGGCACAGGUUAGUUGAGGUAAUUGAGGUGGGGGGACAAUGCAAAUAGUCCGGGUAGCCAUUUGAUUAGCUGUUCAGGAGUAUUAUGGCUUAGGGGUAGAAGCUGUUAAGAAGCAUUUUGGACCUAGACUUGGCGCUCCGGUACCGCUUGCCGUGUGGUAGCAGAGAGAACAGUCUAUGACUAGGGUGGCUGGAGUCUUUUACAAUUUUUAGGGUCUUCCUCUGACACCGCCUGGUAUAGAGGUCCUGGAUGGCAGGAAGCUUGGCCCCAGUGAUGUACUGGGCAGUACGCACUACCCUCUGUAGUGCCUUGCGGUCGGAGGCCGAGCAGUUGCCAUACCAGGCAGUGAUGCAACCAGUCAGGAUGCUGUCGAUGGUGCAGCUGUAUAACUCCCUCCUGAGGGGGAAUAGGCUUUGCCGUGCCCUCUUCACGACUGUCUUGGUGUGUUUGGACCAAGAUAGUGUUUUGGUGAUGUGGACACCAAGGAACUUGAAGCUCUCAACCUGUUCCACUACAGCCCCGUCGAUGAGAAUGGGGGCGUGCUCAGUCCUCUUUUUUUCCCCUGUAGUCCAGAAUCAUCUCCUUUGUCUUGAUCACGUUGAGGGAGAGGUUGUUAUCCUGGCACAACACAGCCAGUUCUCUGACCUCCUCCCUAUAGGCUGUCUCAUCGUUGUCGGUGAUCAGGCCUACCACUGUUGUGUCGUCGGCAAACUUAAUGAUGGUGUUGGAGUCGUGCCUGGCCAUGCAGUCAUGGGUGAACAGGGAGUACAGGAGGGGACUGAGCACGCACCCCUGAGGGGCCCCCGUGGUUACAUACAUGGUUCCUUCCUCAAGUAUUAAUGUGCAUGUCUGUGUGCCAGUCUUUACACUUUGUUUGCCAGUUGCCGCGCCUAUGACUCCUGCUUGCUUGGCUUGUCUCUUCAUUCCUUCUUCAACAUGUCAGGGCUUAGAUCAGGAAUUUUGUUUAUUUCAUGCAGGUGACCCUUUGUUGUACUCUGAGUUAACACAAUGUACUGUGAUAUGAAGCUUUGUGUGUAUGGCUGUGUGAUGUGCUCUGUCCUGUCUGUGACUGUUGCCUCUGCAUAGGCUGAAGGACUUUGAGGAGAGUGGGGCCUAUAAGAAGGUGUGGGGGAACAACCAGGAUGGGGUGGUGUCCGGCCAGCCAUCUUCACGCGUAGUGGAUGAGAGAGAGCAGAUGAUCAUGAGCGGAGGCUACAUACGCAAGUAAUAAUGGUCAAAGGCAUGACAAACCCAAUAGCAAGGCAACAAAUCCCAACCAAUGGAAUACACUCAAAGACGUGCACGUGCUCUAACUAUUGCACACACAUACAGUAGGCCUAUAUCACACCAUUAUGGAUAUGGUCUAAUAAUUCCACUAUUUUUUUGCACAGAACAGUUUUGGGCGGGCCGCCUAAGCGUUUUUUGGGGGCCGCUAAUUCCAAACAGCGUAAAAAAAUAUAUACAGUUGAAGUCGGAAGUUUACAUACACUUAGGUUGGAGUCAUUAAAACUAGUUUUUCAACCACUCCACAAAUUUCUUCUUAACAAACUAUAGUUUUGACAAGACAUAGUUUUGUGCAUGACACAAGUAAUUUUUCCAACAAUUGUUUACAGACAAAUUAUUUCACUUAUAAUUCACUGUAUCACAAUUCCAGUGGGUCAGAAGUUUACAUACACUAAGUUGACUGUGCCUUUAAACAGCUUGGAAAAUUCCAGAAAAUGCUGUCAUGGCUUUAGAAGCUUCUGAUAGGCUAAUUGACAUCAUCUGAGGCAAUUUGAGGUGUACCUGUAGAUGUAUUUCAAGGCCUACUGUCACACCCUGGCUCUGGGGACUCUUAAAGGUUGAGCCAGGGUGUGGAUUUUUCUAUGUUUAGUUUUUCUAUGUUUUCGUUCUAGAUCGUUUAGAUCUAUGUUGGCCAGGGUGGUUCCCAAUCAGAGGCAGCUGUAGCUCGUUGUCUCUGAUUGGGGACCAUACUUAGGCAGCCUGUGUUGCACUAGUAUUUGUGGGAUCUUGUUCCGUAAGGUUUGUUUUGGUGUUAACCUAGGACUUCACGUAUCGUUUGGUUUGUUGUUUUGAUCGUGUGUUGAGAACAAAUAAAAUGUACGCUUAUCACGCUGCGCCUUGGUCCGUGUCUUCAGUCGACGAUCGUGACAGAAGAUCCCACCAUAAGAGGACCAAGCAGCGUGCCCAGGAGGAGAAGAUGGCGAUGUCGCAGGUGGGCAAAUGGUGGUCUUGGGAGGAGAUCUUCGCGGGCAGAGGGCCAUGGGCAAAGGUAAAUGCCCAGGCAGGAGAGGAGAAAAGGCGCCAACCGCACCGACGACGGACACACGAGAGGCAACCCCAAUAAACAUUUUUGGGGGGGCACACGGCGUGGAUGACGGGGCAGCAGGAGGCAGCUACAGGACGAAUCUGCGGACUAGGAGAGGAGGCCACCAGGUUACGGGGGCUAUUGGUCAUGAGGGAGAGAGAGAGUGUAGAGGCACGGCGAGAGGAACUGGUUAGGCAGCAGAGGGAGCGGAGGUUUAGAAGGAAACCCAGUCCCGCUCCUCGCACCAAGCAAGUGGUGUGUGUCACCGGUCCGGCCCGUUCCUGAUUCCCGCACAAGGCCAGUGGUGUGUGUUCCCAGUACGGUCCGGCCCGUUCCUGCUCCCCGCACUAAGCCUGUGGUGCGCGUCGCCAGCCCGGUCCAGCCUGUUCCUGCCCCUCGCACCAAGCCAGUGGUGCGCGUCGCCAGCCCGGUCCGGCCUGUUCCUGUCCCUCGCACCAAGCCUGUGGUGCGCGUCUCCAGCCCGGUCCGGCCUGUUCCUGCCCCUCGCACCAAACCAGUGGUGCACGUCGCCAGCCCGGUCCAGCCUGUUCCUGCCCCUCGCACCAAACCAGUGGUGUGCGUCGUCAGCCCGGUCCGGCCCGUUCCUGCUCCCCGCACCAAGCCAGUGGUGCGUGUCGUCAGCCCGGUCCGGCCCGUCCCUGCUCCCCGCACCAGGCCAGUGGUGCGCGUCGUCAGCCCGGUCCGGCCCGUUCCUGCUCCCCGCACCAAGCCAGUGGUGCGCGUCGUCAGCCCGGUCCGGCCCGUUCCUGCUCCCCGCACCAAGGCAGUGGUGCGCGUCGUCAGCCCGGUCCGGCCUGUUCCUGCUCCCCGCACCAAGCCAGUGGUGCGUGUGUCCAGUCCGGCACAGCCCGUGCCUGUUCCACCGGUGCCUGGUCCGGCACCGGUCAGCUGCUCCACUCCGGAGCCAGAGCAAUCCGCUCCACCGGUGUCCAGUCCAGCUCCGGCCAGCGGGGCCAGACCAGAUCAGGGGCGCAACGGGGGGGGUGGAGAGAGAGUGGUGGUCACGCCCGGAUCCGCCUCCGAGGCGGAAUGCCCACCCGGCCCCUACCCUCUUGUGUUUGUGUGGCGCGGUCGCAGUCCGUGCCUUUGGGGGGGGGGGGGGGGGGGGGGGUACUGUCGCGCCCUGGCUCUGGGGACUCUUAAAGGUUGAGCCAGGGUGUGGAUUUUUCUAUGUUUAGUUUUUCUAUGUUCGUUCUAGAUCGUUUAGAUCUAUGUUUGCCAGGGUGGUUCCCAAUCAGAGGCAGCUGUAGCUCGUUGUCUCUGAUUGGGGACCAUACUUAGGCAGCCUGUGUUGCACUAGUAUUUGUGGGAUCUUGUUCCGUAAGGUUUGUUUUGGUGUUAACCUAGGACUUCACGUAUCGUUUGGUUUGUUGUUUUGAUCGUGUGUUGAGAACAAAUAAAAUGUACGCUUAUCACGCUGCUCCUUGGUCCGUGUCUUCAGUCGACGAUCGUGACACCUACCUUCAAACUAAGUGCCUCUUUGCUUGACAUCAUGGGAAAAUCAAAAUAAAUCAGCCAAGACCUCAGAAAAACAAUUGUAGAUCUCCACAAGUCUGGUUCAUCCUUGGGAGCAAGUUCCAAACUCCUGAAGGUACCACGUUGAUCUGUACUAUAGCCUAUUUAUUGCCUUACCUCCAUAACUUGCUACAUUUGCACACACUGUAUAUAUAUUUUCUGUUGUAUUUCUGACUUUAUGUUUCUUACCCCAUAUGUAACUCUGUGUUGUUUUUAUUGCACUACUUUGCUUUAUCUUGGCCAGGUCGCAGUUGUAAAUGAGAACCUGUUCUCAACUGGCUUACCUGGUUAAAUAAAGGUGAAAUUAAAAAAAUUAAAAAAAACAAUGGUGUCACGUUCGUUGUGUAAAGGGUCGGACCAAGGUGCAGCAUGGUAUGCGUACAUAGUCGUUUAUUUUAAUAAACACCGACAAAAUAAAAAAAAUCCAACAGAACGUGAAGUUCAAGAGGCUAAACAUCAAACGAGCCAAACAGAAACAAGAUCCCACAACUAAGGUAGGCAACAUAGCUGCCUAAGUAUGAUCCCCAAUCAGAGACAACGACCGACAGCUGCCUCUGAUUGGUAACCACACCCGGCCAACAUAGAAAUAUAUAAAUUAGAUUUCACACCCUGACCAACCCAACUAGAGAUCUCAAUGUCAGGGCAUGACAGUAAUCCCCCGGAGCUGGAGUUGGCACCGGUGGAGCGGACUGCUCUGGCACUGGAGUGGAGCAGCUGACCGGAGCUGGACUAGGCACCGGUGGAGCGGACUGCUCUGGCACUGGAGUGAAGCAGCUGACCGGAGUUGGACUAUGCACCGGUGGAGCGGACUGCUCUGGCACUGGAGUGGAGCAGCUGACCGGAGCUGGACUAGGCACCGGUGGAGCGGACUGCUCUGGCACUGGAGUAAAGCAGCUGACCGGAGCUGGAGACUCUGGACUGCAGACUGUCGCUGGAGGCUCUGGACUGCAGACCGUCGCAGGAGGCUCCGGGCCAUGGACCAUCACUGGAGUCUUCGUGCCAUGGAUCAUCACAGGAGGCUUCGUGCCAUGGAUCAUCACUGGAGGCUUCAUGCCAUGGAUCAUCACUGGAGGCUUUGUGCCAUGGAUCAUCACUGGAGGCUUCGUGCCAUGGAUCAUCACUGGAGGCUUCGUGCCAUGGAUCAUCACUGGAGGCUUUGUGCCAUGGAUCAUCACUGGAGGCUUCGGGCCAUGGAUCAUCACUGGAGGCUUCGUGCCAUGGAUCAUCACUGGAGCCCGGCAAGUGCGGGGCGCUGGCACAUGACACACUGGGCUGUGGACACACACCACUGGUUUGGUGAGAGGAGCAGGUACGGGCCGUACCGGACUGGAGACACGCACCACUGGUUUGGUGCGAGGAGCAGGUAUGGGCCGUACCGGGCUGUGGACACGCACCACUGGUUUGGUGCGAGGCGCAGGUACGGGGCGCACCGGACUGGAGACACGCACCACUGGUUUGGUGCGAGGAUCAGUCACGGGCCGUACCGGUCUGUGAAGGCGCACUGGCGGCACAGUGCAUAAAGCCGGCGCAUAGCCUGGUGCCUGCACGGUCACCCGCUCCUCAAAGCGAGUGCGAGGAGUUGGCUCUGUUAAACCUGGCUCCGCCAGCUUCUGCUCUAAGGACCGAGCUCUCUGCUGCUGGAGGGUUAACUCCUCUCUCAGCUCCUCCUGUUGCCUGGCCAGCUCCUCUCUCCGUGCAUCCACUGACUCCUUCUCCCUGUGGGCCUCCUGCAGCGCCUCCUUCUGAAGGGAGAGCUCCUGCUCCCUCUUAACUUACAGCUCCUGUAAGGUGGUGGCCUCCUCUCUCAGAGUGCUGAGCUGCAGGUCUUUAGCUGCUUGGAGGGCCUCCAUCUUCAGAGUGGCCUCCUCUAUAGCUCUCUCCUCUUUCACAGUCAGCCCUUUCAGGGCCUCCUGCUGCGUCGCCAACCACCCCGUGUGCCCCCCCAAUUUUUUUUCUUGGGGCUACCUCUCGGGCUUCCUUCGUGAUCGGGACCUUUUGAGUCGCCCUUUUUUCUCCCUCGCUGCCUCCGUCUGCUCCCAAGGAAGGCAAUCCAUACCUGCCUGGAUCUCUUCCCACGUCCAUGAUCCUUUUCCGUCUAAUAUCUCCUCCCAUGUCCAUGAUGUCUGCUCCUCCUGUUCACGCUGCUUGGUGCGUUGGUGGUGGGAUCUUCUGUCACGUUCGUUGUGUAAAGGAUCGGAACAAGGUGCAGCGUGGUAUGCGUACAUAGUCUUUUAUUUUAAUAAACACCGACAAAAUAACAAAAAUCCAACAUAACAUGAAGUUCAAGAGGCUAAACAUCAAACAAGCCAAACAGAAACAGAUCCCACAACUAAGGUAGGCAACAUAGCUGCCUAAGUAUGUUCCCCAAUCAGAGACAAUGACCGACAGCUGCCUCUGAUUGGGAACCACACCCGGCCAACAUAGAAAUAUAUAAAUUAGAUUUCACACCCUGACCAACCCAACUAGAGAUCUCAAUGUCAGGGCGUGACAAUGGGACCACGCAGCCGUCAUACCUCUCAGGAAGGAGACGCGUUCUGUCUCAUAGAGAUGAACGUACUUUGGUACGAAAAGUGCCAAUCAAUCCCAGAACAACAGCAAAGGACUUUCUGAAGAUGCUGGCGGAAACAGGUACAAAAGUAUCUAUAUCCACAGUAAAACGAGUCCUAUAUCGACAUUACCUGAAAGGCCGCUCAGCAAGGAAGAAGCCACUGCUCCAAAACCGCUAUAAAAGCAUGUGUGAGCCAGGAGGCCUACAAACCUGACCAAAAUUCACCCAACUUAUUGUGGGAAGCUUAUGGAAGGCUACUCAAAAUGUUUGACAUAAGUUAAACAAUUUAAAGGGAAUUUUACCAAAUACUAAUUGAGUGUAUGUAAACUUCUGACCCACUGGGAAUGUGAUGAAAGAAAUAAAAGGUGAAAUAAAUCAUUCUCUCUACUAUUAUUCGGACAUUUCACAUUUUUAAAUAAAGUGGUGAUCCUAACUGACCUAAGACAGGGAAUUUUUACUAGGAUUAAAUGUCAGGAAUUGUGAAACAGUGAGUUUAAAUGUAUCUGGCUAAGGUGUAUGUAAACUUCCGACUUCAACUGUAUAUACAAAAAUGAAAUUUUUAUUUAAUUUAUUUUAAUACAUUUUCGGGAUGGAAAAACGCUUUCAGUGUUAACUUAAACGACUGAAACCAGAUAUAAAGUAUGUAGAACAGAUAAUAGACCUAUAUAUUUUUCAAUAUUUGAUAACUAUCAAUCGCUUAAAUGAAAGAUAGACAAAAAUGAUGAAUUCAGGAAUUUAGAUUUCGUUGUAAUGUUUGAGCAUAAGAACACAAAAAUGUGCUUUGAAACUGCAAAAUGUCUCUCAGCUCCAUGGAUAAAUGUGUAGAAUUGCUGGAAAUUGGCUUUAAAACACCUAAAUCCUUUCUGCCGCCAAGAUGGCCUAAUAAAAAUUAUUUCCAGGGCUUUGAACUAUAGGCUGACCGCGCCCAUUGCCACGACCUGCCACACCAACCACCUAAGCCUCUUUUUGAUCGAGAAAAAACCCUGAACUCUGAUGCAUCCUGCACAUAUUUGUUGGUUUACAAAUAUUUUCUGAUGAAUUUGGCCAUUGCAUUGCUUUGAGAUAAUCCAGCUCUGCUCAAAACAGGUUUGAAUCCCUACAACUACUACUUGCUCAUUUAUAGCUCCUAGGAUUGUAUACAUAACAGAGGCUGUGUGUGGCAGCCGGGGGAUAUUUACUCUCGUCUAUAACACAUUGACAUGUAGAACCAGUCACCUGUCAUGUGCGGUAGGAGCACCUGACCAAACAGAGGUCAUUUGUAAAAACCUAUGCCCCUCCCUGGAUGCAGGGAGAGCACGCCUUCCAAAAACAACAAUUUAAUGAAACUUUUGCUAAAUGUACAAAUUGACUACAAAUUGUGUUUUCUCUUUAUCUGUGUUUCUGUCUGACUUUCUGUCAGGGUAACAAAUGAUGCACGCGAAGAUGAGAUGGAGGAGAAUCUGGGACAUGUAGGCAGCAUCAUAGGCAACCUGAAGAGCAUGGCACUGGACAUGGGCAAUGAGAUCGACACGCAGAAUGUCCAGAUUGACCGCAUUCAGGGCAAGGUCAGUCCUAUAGUACCUGCCAUACAGCUAUUUAUUCAAUAAAAAUAGAUGACCAAUUCUGUAUUGAACAUUCAUCUAAUGUGUUGUUUUUACAGGCCAUUCUCAAUGUAUCCCGCAUCGAUGCUGCCAAUCAGAAAGCGAACAAUCUAAUGAAGAGAUAA